CGGAAUGCAGCCCUUGAAUGUUUACCGAUCGCUAAAUGGGAUGCCAUGUACGAGACUUUCGAUUAGUAAGUACGUCUUGCGAACGCACAGCAACGACAGUGUUCUCCUGAAAUAGUCCUCCUCGUACGUCCUUCUGAAUACGUCUUCCUCGUUAAUCAUAAAAUUAAGUUAAUCGUAAAAGAGUAUAUAAAACGGACACGUAACAAAGAUCAAAUGGAAUCUCAACGAGUGAAUUAAGACAGUGAAAAGUGGAGAGCCAUUUGUCGAAUUCUCCAUCGAGUCGUUGAGAAAUUCGAAAUCAACGUUUGCAAAUCAAUUAACGUUUCGAGGAACGUGUCUUCUAACUUGAGUUGAACGCGAAAAUAGGCCAAUAUAUAGGAUGUCAGUGAAUCCAGGCUGCAUCAACUUUAAGCCGUACGGCUGCGGUAUGUGUGAUUUGCGAUUCUCCAACCCAAUCAAGCUGGACGAUCAUCUCUUCGUGAAUCAUGAUUCACAAGUCACCGCUCCCAAGUGCAGCAAUCAUUGCACGAAGAUAUUCACCAGUGAGAAAUCGCUUCGGAGCCACGUUCUAGCGGAGCACAAGCGACAGCACUGUCGCUGUUCAUUUUGCAGUGCAUCCUACGAAAAUUUCAGGCGUUAUUCGAAAACGUUCAAUAAUGGAUGUCAUAUGUGUCCGUACUGUCGCAAAUCUUUCAUCAGAUGGAAAGAGCUGAAUGUUCAUAUGAGCAUACACGAGAAGCCGAUGAGAUGCAAAAUUUGCGGGAAGAAGUUCAGAACAAAACAAUUGAUGCGGCAGCAUUUGAUCGACGAACAUCCAGAGGAGGAUUAUCAAUGGUUAUCAAGUCAUGUUUCAACAGGCCCAAAAAUUCAAGGCGCAACAAAGAUUAUAAAAUUGGAAUCUGCUCACUAAUGGACAAUCGCCGAUAGCUAUUCUCGAAAAACUUGGGCAAGAUACUCAUACGCAUAAAAUGAAUUUUAUCGAAACCAACAAGGCAUUCAAUAUAAUAGACAGAAUCCGAAGAAUUUUCCCUCUCUUGUGCAGGUUAUUUUUAAUGAUUAAAAGUUGACUGAGGCUCGACAGAACAAUCUGCGUCUAGCUCAAUUUGUGUUUUCCUUGACUUAUCGGUCCGCAACUUCUGGCUUGAAAGCAGUCGAAAGUUGGCUAAAAGACGAGAUACGAGCAAAUCGAUUUUAUAUGUGAUCCAAUUUAAAAUCCUUGAGAUCUUCCGAACGAGAUAAUUACCCGAAAAUAGGUAAAUCCAAUUGCCAUUAUUCGCCAAUAUCACGCCAUGGAAAGUAUAUGUAUUCUCAGCUUCAAAUUGACGAAUUUACUCGCGACUUACUCGGUCGAGAUUUUCAACGCACAUUACACACACUUUUCUCUGGUAAAUUGAACGUUUAUAGCGCAUAAAUAUUCGUUCGUAACAGCCUUACGCUUAUUAAAUAAAUAUUAAAUAAAUUAUAAAAAAAGACCGUUAAAAAGGAAUAAAGAUUAUACAACGUCUCGUUCGGAUAGACAUAUGUAGUAGCGAUAUCUUUAACAGUCGAGUUAUCUUCAACAGAAAAUUUUCUAAAAUGUUAUUUUUUAAUAAAAAUGAUUCUCUAUUGCUGAUCCAAUAAUUUAUAGUAAUAAUUUUCUUGUGAGCAAAGAUUUAUUGAAAAAAUGAUUGAAUUUGAUGUUCCAUAAUUAAAAGAUUUCUGAUUUACUAGAAUAUUUAGUUUUCUUAAAAUAUUGUUGUUCUCUUAUUAGUAAAUUAUUAUUAUAAAUUAUUGAAUCAGCGAUAGAAAAUCAUUUUUUUUAUAAGUAGCAUUUUAGGAAAUAUUAUGAAAAAAAUGUAUAGAAAAAAAUCAAAUGCAUGAUUUUCUCUGUAUUGUAUGUACAUCUAUAUUACUAUUAACAAUAAAUAAAUUGGUCACAAGUA